AUGUGGGCCCUUCUCUGGUUGUUCUUUUGCAUUGUUGGCGCGGAGUUCGUUAUUAUUUUCAACGCCCGCUUUAUCUAUGCUGCUAUCGCUGGUGAGCCCGUCAGCAACGCGCUUGGUACACUGUUGACGGUUAUAAAUGGUGUGGGCAGUGCUGUUGGCCGUCUGUUGAUGAGCUACUUUGAGGUCUGGUCGCAAAAGCGCAAGGCGGAGGAUAGAAUCCCCAUUACAAUCUCCUUGCUCUUUCCUGUGGUGUGCGUGAUUCUGUCGCUGGUGCUCUUCCUCGUGCUUCCAAAGUCAGCACUGGUCGUUCCUUACGUUACUGCAGCUCUGGGCAAUGGUUUCUGCGCAGCUGCUGUUGUGCUGGUAACUCGCACCAUAUUUGCGAAGGAUCCUGCGAAGCACUACAACUUCUGCUUCGUUGCAACGGUGGUGUCCACAGUUUUGCUGAACCGUCUCACCUAUGGUGAGUGGUACACGCGUGUGGCGGAUGAACAGGGACAGACCCUCUGCUUGGGCCAGAAGUGUGUAAUGAUGCCGCUGCUUUUGUUCCUUGGCCUGAAUUGCUCCGCGUUCAUUGCCAUCAUCUACGUGAACUGGGAGUACCGCCGUUUCAGCUGCACGGUGCUGGAGGAGCGGCGCCGCAUGAAGGAGGAGGCACUUCGGGAUGUGAUGGCCCGCACUAGCAGUCCUGCAGAAGUGCCACUGGCUGAAGACUUGAACUGCGACAACAAGUGCCAUUAA